AUGGUGCGUCAGCUCCACGAUGGCAUGUUGAUGCGCAUCACGGACAAUGGAGCAGUCUUAGAGGCAUCCGCAGUGACCAACGGAGUGAAGAAAGGCUGCGUCCUCUCUUCCACCCUCUUCAGUCUUAUGUUUUCUGCCAUGCUGAUAGACGCCCAUCUUGACGAGCGCCCCGGGAUCCGCAUCGCCAACAGGACGGACGAUCACCUCCACAACCAGCGGAGGAUGCACUUCAAGUCGCGUGUAUCCACAACCACCGUCCACGAGCUUCUCUUCGCCGACGACUGCGCUCUUAACGCCACCUCGGAAAGAGACAUGCAAAAGAAUAUGGAUCUCUUUGCCGCCGCCUGUGAGAACUUCGGCCUGGUUUUGAACACGGAGAAAAUGGUUGUCAUGCGCCAACCGCCACCCAACACAGCCCACAAUGCGUCGCAAAUCAGCGUGAACGGAACCCAACUGCGAGUGGCGGACAACUUUACGUAUCUGGGCAGAACCAAAAUCGAUGACGAAGUUGCCCGCCACAUUUCCAAAGCCAGCCAAGCCUUCGGCCGUCUGCAGAACACCGUCCGAGACCGUCACGGUCUCCAUCGCAACACGAAGCUGAAGAUGUACAAGGCCGUCAUUCUGCUGUACGGAGCAGAGACCUAUACGGUCUACAAGAAGCAGGCGCGGAGACUUCAUCAUUUCCAUCUCAGCUGUCUUCGACGGAUACUGAAGCUGCGGUGGCAGGACCGGAUCCCCCAACACUGA